AUGUUGUUAAAGCCUGUGCAUCCGGAUAUCGAAAUCUCGCAAAAAAAGUAUAUCGAAUUAUUUUCGGCCGCCGAUGUGCCGAUUGCGCAGAAAUACGUUACGUACCGUCGAAUUGGUGGUACAGCCAGAGCUACUAUAGGUGCAGCACCAUCGCUCGAUCGUAUUGGUUUCCAUUCGCUCGAAGAUUGGGCCGAGAAAAAUGCAUCAGCCAUGCGUACACAAGGAAAACCACUGCCGCUUAGUCGUACUGGUAUUUCCGGAAGCGCUCUGUCCGAGAGUACUGGAAACUGGAGCGGCCCAAACGAGGGGGGAUGGGCGGAUUUGAUGAGCAAUAGAAAUUGUAAGUCAGCUUUUUGA